UUUGUCCGCUGGGUUUUCUCAGUUUUGACUUGUGUCACGAAGUUUUGGUUUUGGAAUUUGUUGGUGGAGUUUUUUCUUCAUUCACGGAAGUUUCCCAGUGUUAAAUUGUGCUGCGUGCGUGAAAGAAUGGAAACGUACGAGAGUAUCCUGCUGGUGAAGCCCGAGGUGUUUGUGUACAAAAUACCCCCACGUACCUCCAACAGGGGAUACAGGGCUGCGGAUUGGAAUCUGCAGGAACCGACUUGGACGGGGCGUAUGCGUCUGGUGUCCAAAGGUACAGCUAUAUCCAUGAAGCUGGAGGAUAAGACAUCCGGAGCCUUGUUUGCCAAUUGUCCCAUUGAAACAUAUCCGGGAGUUGCUGUUGAGGCAGUCACAGACAGUUCCCGAUACUUUGUCAUUCGGAUUCAGGACGAUAAUGCAACAGGAAGAUCUGCAUUCAUCGGGCUGGGUUUUGGUGAUCGAUCUGAUUCCUUUGAUCUCAAUGUGGCACUUCAGGAUCACUUCAAGUGGGUGAAGAAUCAGGAGCAGAUAGAAAAGGAAAAGGAGGCACCACGACAGGAGUUGGAUUUGGGAUUCAAAGAGGGCGAAACUAUCAAGAUUAACAUGAAAAUCACUAAAAAAGACGGGAGUGAAUCGUCAUCGAGAACUGGCAAGGCUAAAGGAGCCAGUGGCGUGGGAAUUCUUCCUCCACCUCCUGGGGUGGCCAGCAAAAUAGCUCCGCCACCGGGACAGCCGAAAGUUAGCCCCGCAGCCUCACCCUCCCAUCGACCCGCUGGUCAGACCGAAUGGGGCGAUUUCACUUCCGCGGGAAGCCAACAGGCUCCGCAGCAGCCCCAACAGGCAAAUUCAAACUGGGUGCAGUUCUAAUAAAUUGGACAUAAAAUUGAUGGACAUGGAUUCUCGGGAAUCAUCUCAAAGGAAUAUAUCGUUGACUAACGUGUUACGCUAUUUCCGAGAUAUAGCAUGUAUACACCUAAUUUCUCUCGAUAUAGUUUAUAUAUUUAACGUGGUAAGGACAAAGAAAUGCCCGCAAACUUUUUUUUUUAGGAUAAGUUUUCAAAUUUAUAUAUUUUCCAAAACUAUAUUUUUUGGCAUUUAUUUUUUUCUUUUUGUAUUUUUGAUUGUACAAUAUAUCGUUGGUAUUAAUCUUGCUCUAGAGAAUAUUUGCUUCAAAGUAAAACAAAGAAAACAUUUAUCACGAAUGAAAGGUGAAGAGAAAAGUUUAAGAAAAAAACAUAAAGAAAAUAGCGAAAAGAGUAGUGAAAAAAUGUACUUAUUUUUGAAGGACAAAUGAUAAAAAGAAACGAAGAAAAUGGAAAAUAUGUUGCAUAUUGACGUUAUAACAGAAAGAUAGUACGUGUGAAGAUGUAUUAUUUAGAUGAGAAAAUAAAUUUAAUGAAAACAUUCCAAGAAAA